AUGAGGAAUGCUGGCCAGAAUGAGAGUGAUGUCAUCUUCAUCCUUUUAGGAUUCUCUGAUUACCCAGAGAUUGAGAUCCCUCUAUUCCUGAUUUUCCUGGUGAUAUAUAUGAUUACUGUAGUAGGAAACUUGGGCAUGAUUGUGAUCAUCAGGAUUAACCCCAAACUCCACAGCCCCAUGUACUUUUUCCUUAGCCAUUUGUCCUUUUUAGAUUUCUGUUACUCUAGUGUCGUUACACCCAAAUUGUUACAAAUUUUGGUAGUGGAAGAUAGAACCAUCACUUUUGCUCCUUGCAUUGCUCAGUAUUCUUUUGCUGUCACCUGCGUGGUCACAGAGUCAUUCUUAUUAUCAGCGAUGGCCUAUGAUCGCUUUGUGGCAAUUUGUAAUCCCUUGUUAUAUAUAAUUGUCAUGUCCCAGAAACGCUGUAUCCUGAUGGUGACAGCAGUCUACACAUGGGGCAUUAUUAUUUCUAUUAUAUUCACCUCUUCACUCCUUAUAUUGUCAUUUUCUGGGACCAACAUCAUCAAUAAUUUUUCCUGUGAGUAUUCGGCUAUCCUUUCCGUUUCUGUCUCUGAUAAGCAUGUUACAGAGACAAUCUUCUUUAUCUUUGCUAAUUUAAAUACACUUGUCACCCUCACUAUUGUACUCACAUCCUAUAUUUUUAUUUUUAUCACCGUCCUAAAGAUAAAGUCAGCUAGUGGGAGAUAUAAAGCCUUUUCCACUUGUGCCUCCCACCUGACAGGUGUUACCAUCUUCUUUGGAACCCUCCUCUUUCUCUACUGUGUGCCAAGUUCCAAAGGCUCAUGGCUUCUAAUAAGAGUAACCACUGUAUUUUAUACAAUAGUAAUCCCCAUGCUGAACCCCUUAAUAUACAAUCUGAGGAACAAAGAUGUGAAAGAAACCAUCAAGAAAUUAACUGAAGUGCCAACUAGGUGGCACAGUGGAUAG